GCCGCGUCGCUGUCGCCUCCGGUCCGUAGCUUUGCCUCCCUCUCCUGUUCUGCCGCGGGCCCACGAUGCCGCAGUACCAGACCUGGGAGGAGUUCAGUCGCGCAGCGGAGAAGCUCUACCUCGCAGACCCUAUGAAGGCACGUGUGGUUCUCAAAUAUAGGCAUUCUGAUGGGAGUUUGUGUAUUAAAGUAACAGAUGAUUUAGUUUGUUUGGUGUAUAGAACAGACCAAGCUCAAGAUGUAAAGAAGAUUGAGAAAUUCCACAGUCAACUAAUGCGACUUAUGGUGGCCAAGGAAUCCCACAGUGUUGCCAUGGAAACGGACUGAAUGGUUUGAAAUGAAGACUGUUUGUCAUGUUCUUAGGAAGUAAAUAUCUUUUGAAUUUGAGAAAGUGUUGGGACAGAAAAUACUUUAUGUAACUAAGUGGGCUAUUCAGAAGCCAAGA